GCGCAUUGCUCAGAAAAAGAAAAAAAAGCUGCCCCAGCGCACAGCCGCCGCACUCCAAUCGUCGCGGGCGGCGCUAGGGUUGGGAGCACCUCCAUCGCGGCCGUCGGCGUCGCCACGAGCCGCCGCCGCUCGCCUCGCCGUCCCCUCCCCCCACCGCACCCGUCUCCGGCCCGCUGCCCACUCGCGCUCACCCUCGCCCAGUCGCGGUCGCGCCUCCCCUCUCCGACCGUGACUCCCCUCCCCAACAGCCGCCGCGCCUGCCCUCCCCCACAGCCGACCGCGGCUCCCCUCCCCGACAGCAGCCCCGCUUGAUUCUCCCGGCCGCCACGAUGUCGUCGGAGACUCCGCCCACCACCGCCGCGGCGGAUGAACUCGCGGCUGACCUCUCCGCCGCCACCCUCAGCAAGAAGCAGCAGAAGAAGGACGCCAGGAAGGCGGAGAAGGCCGAGAAGGCGGCGCAGCGCCAGCAGCAGCAGCAGCCGGCGGACGCCGAGGACCCCUUCGCGACCAACUACGGCGAUGUCCCCGUCGAGGAGAUCCAGUCCAAGGCCAUCUCCGGCCGCUCGUGGACUAAGAUCGGCGACCUCGACGCCGACGCCGCGGGCCGCUCCGUGCUUAUCCGCGGGGCCACGCAGGCUAUCCGUCCGGUCAGCAAGAAGAUGGCCUUCGUCGUGCUGCGCCAGAGCAUGAGCACCGUGCAGUGCGUGCUCGUCGCCAGCGCCGACGCCGGCGUCAGCACUCAGAUGGUGCGCUUCGCCACCGCCCUCAGCAAGGAGUCCAUCGUCGACGUUGAGGGCAUCGUUUCCCUCCCCAAGGAGCCCCUCAAGGCCACGACCCAGCAGGUGGAGAUACAUGUAAGGAAAAUUUAUUGCAUCAAUAGGGCUAUCCCAACCCUUCCAAUUAACCUUGAAGAUGCAGCUCGGAGUGAGGCGGAGUUUGAGAAAGCUGAACAGGCUGGAGAAAAGCUUGUUCGUGUUGGUCAAGAUACCCGCUUGAACUACAGAGCUAUUGAUCUACGAACACCUGCGAACCAAGCAAUAUUCCGGAUCCAGUGUCAAGUCGAAAAUAAAUUCAGAGAAUUUUUGUUGUCGAAAGACUUCGUUGGGAUCCACACCCCAAAACUGAUUUCUGGAUCAAGUGAGGGAGGUGCAGCUGUAUUCAAGCUUUUGUACAAUGGUCAACCUGCUUGUUUGGCGCAAUCUCCUCAGUUGUACAAGCAAAUGGCUAUCUGUGGUGGGUAUGAACGUGUAUUUGAGGUUGGUCCUGUGUUUAGAGCAGAAAAUUCAAACACACACAGGCAUCUCUGUGAGUUUGUUGGUCUUGAUGCUGAAAUGGAGAUUAAGGAGCAUUAUUUUGAGGUUUGCGAUAUUAUAGAUGGCUUAUUUGUGUCAAUAUUUAAGCACUUGACUGAAAACUGCAAGAAGGAACUUGAGACAAUAAAUAGGCAGUAUCCAUUUGAACCUCUGCAGUAUCUAGAGAAAACCUUGAAGCUCACUUAUGAGGAAGGAAUUCAAAUGCUGAAGGAAGCUGGAACUGAAAUCGAGCCUAUGGGUGAUCUCAAUACUGAAGCUGAGAAAAAACUUGGUCGGCUUGUGAAGGAAAAGUAUGGCACCGACUUUUUCAUUCUGUAUCGCUAUCCUUUGGCUGUGCGUCCGUUCUACACCAUGCCUUGUUAUGACAACCCAGCGUACACCAAUUCCUUUGAUGUCUUCAUUCGAGGUGAGGAAAUAAUUUCUGGAGCGCAAAGAAUACACACCCCUGAGCUGUUGGCCAAGCGCGCAACGGAGUGUGGUAUUGAUGUGAGCACCAUCUCAGCGUACAUUGAAUCGUUCAGCUACGGCGCACCUCCUCAUGGCGGUUUCGGGGUGGGCCUGGAGAGAGUGGUGAUGCUGUUCUGCGCCCUCAACAACAUCAGGAAGACUUCGAUGUUCCCCCGCGACCCGCAGAGGCUCGUCCCGUAAUUUUCAUCUCCCUGUGAACACAAGGCUGUGGACCUGCUAUGAAGCGUCAUAGAUCCUUUGCCAUGCUGUUGCCAUCCUCACCAGCCACUGAUCUCACCUCUGAGACCAAGAAACGACGACCGAUAUAGCCCGUUCGUUGCGUCGAGACAACGUGCUGUGACACAAUGGACCUGCCGUUAAUGUGGUCUAGAGCCUUUUCUGUUAAAAAUUCACAUAGACGCUGGUAUGUACUGGGUUGCUCGAGGCUGGAGACCCGACAAUGAUAUGUGCUUUCUAUAUUGGCAUAUUGCACUCA